UGAGGUCUGGGACAGCAGCAACUAGUACCUCCGAUUCUCGAAGGUUGGUAGUGGACCACGUGACAUGUGGCAGCCAGGACUGAACGCGACUUGCAUCGUGACCAGCGCUGUCCACCAUGAACUCUCCUGAUCCAGAUUCUCCGAUCUCAACUGAUUCAUCUGAUUCACCUCCACCUGAUGACUUCCAGUUCGUAGCAAGUGGCCCGAGCGCCCGCGAUUCUCAUACAUCGUUCCUCCAUUCCGCUACGACUCAAAUAUUGGGAAACAUCUCAUCGGUGAUGCCUAGCCCUGGAUCUAAGCGCCGCCUGCCUGGCGGCUCUUCCUUCGAUGGUCCUUCACGGAGAGAUCCAAAGACGAGGAGACGAGAGGAUGCAAUGAGCAUGGGGGGAAAUUCCCGCAGAAUGACUGAAAGCCAAAAUCACAAUGCAGGAGGAAGUAACAUUGGAAUAACUGCGAAUAAUGCCUGGGGAGUGAAGAGCGAGCACGGGAACAGACGUGAUAAGGAAGAUCUUGUUGAUGUUUUAAUGGCAGAACAACUUAGAAAAGAAUUUGGAGAUCCGUUCUUGGAGACAGCCAUUAAAAGCCUGAGCUGAUUGAUGCACUACACUAUCUAAGACGUUCUCCCUAGUUGGUGAGGGAUAAUUCUUGCCUGAAGUUUCCACUGUUAACCUCUAUGAUUACGUGAAAUAGCCACUUGUAUCACUGUCGUUCUCGUAUUGGACUAACGGGGACGUCUUUUGAGCGCACGAAGUGACAUCCC